AUGCCCUUGUCUGGCUCUCCCUCUGGCUCCUCAUCCGGCCCGUCCAACCCCGACACCAGGUCUCUCGAGCGGAAGAUCCGGGACGACCUCUGCAUUCUCUCCAACACCGCCUCGGUCCCCUGGAUCCAGUUCGAGGUCACGACGCUCGGCGCCCUCGCCGAGCUUAACAACGAGUUCGCGCAGGCAUGGGGGGCGCAGAUGAGAAAGGACGAAGAGGACGCGAUGGAUAUCGACGGCCAAGGCGAUGCCAACGGCGGUGAAAGCAACAAUAAUGACGAUGACGACGACGAGGAUGAUGACCAGGGCAAUAUCAACGUCAACAUCGAUGAUGACAACGACAACAACAAUGACAACGAUGCUCCGGCGGCGGCGGAGGCGGCGGAGGCGGCGGAGGCGGCCAAGCGGACUCGCACCCGGCACAUCAAGGACAAGCAUCCGAAUCAGCCGGUCCCCCCGUUCAACGACCCAUGA